AUGGAGGAAGAAAGGCCUUCUCUCCUUAAUCUUCUCUCCUUACUCUUCUCUCCUUACUCUUCUCUCCUUACUCUUCUCUCCUACUCUUCGCUCUUUAGUUAUAUUUAUCAAUCUAUCUAUUCAACUAAACAUGUUUUGUCUUGCAAGCCCUUUGGUUGUUUCUAUCAGCACAUUUCCCACCAGCUUUCAUUCUCUCACUCUCUCUCUCUCUCUUUCUCUCCCUCUUUUGUUCUUUUGUAUGUCUUUCUCUCUGUAACUAUAAAAUUCCUUUCAUUCUUUAUGUCUUUAUUAUUCAGAUACAAUUUCUUUCAUCUUUAUCUCUUUCUUCUUCAGAAUCUAUUUCUUUCAUUCUUUAUUUCUUUCUUCUUCACAAUCAAUUUCUUUCAUUCUUUAUUUCUUUCUUCUUCAGAAUCAAUUUCAUUCAUUCUUUAUCCCUUUCUUCUUCAGAUACAAUUUCCUUCAUUCCUUAUCUCUUUCUUCUUCCCAAUCAAUUUCUUUUUUUCAUUAUUUCUUUCUUCUUCAGAUACAAUUCCUUUCAUUCUCUAUCUCUUUCUUCUUCAGAUAAAAUGUCUUUCAUUCUUUAUCUCUUUCUUCUUCAGAUACAAUUUCUUAUUUCAAUUACUUUAA